GUUGCUUCAGUACACUUCUCCUUUUUUUCAGUUUCAAACAGCAGCCAUUGCAUUGUCUCGCUUUUAUUAUUUUUUUCUCACCUCGGUUCCAGUUUUUUUUUUGCCACUGCGAGAGAAGGGGUGUGAGGCAAACCGGUGGUCCACACCUUCAGACAGCUUUGUCCACCUCUAAAAGACACACCUUGGAUUAUUCCCCCUGUUCUGCCUUUUGUUGUCUAUUUUUGUCUUCAUUUUCAUUGGUUACUGAAAUCUACACUUGUUCGGUCGCCUGCUAUCAUGGAGCUUGUCACCCGAAUCCUGUGUCUUUGAGGUGUGGAUGCUCCAGGCACAGCGGGACCCAGCCUCCUUGUCUGAGAGGGACGAGGCUGCUUCCACCUGGGCCACAGCGAUCCUCGUGUUGUCUCUCUCAGUGCUAGCCGCCCGCGUAGAGAACGGGAGGACGACAGGCAAGCCAUUUAGCGAGGAGAAAGCGAGCUACAGCCUCUGUCGGUGGCUCUAACUGUGAGGAGAAGGAGCCAGAGUCGUCGCCGGGAUAUUUUAGGCUGCUCCCUGCCCUCUGAACUCCACUGCCAUGACGACUGCAGUGCAGCCUAGUGAACUGGUGUUUGAAUUUGCCAGCAACGGCAUGGACGAAAUCAACCAGGUGUGCAGUUAUCUCAUCCCCACACCCGUCUCUGAAUCCUGUGGAGCAGGCUUGAUUCUGGACGACCCAUCAGUAUUCCCAGCGGUGAUUGUCGAGCAGGUGCCCGCAGCCGAUCUGCUGCAGGUCUACUCAGGCCUCGAGUCCGACGAGGUGACCAACGGCAUCAUGGUGGACACCACCCUCCAUGUGGUGGAGGCACCUUCCAUCUUGGUGGGAGGGGUGGACCUCUCAGAAACAACAGUCUCAGGUGCAGAGGACAGCAUGGAGACGAACGAAGCCGCAGCAGCUCUUCUUAACAUGGAGUCGCCAAACAACAUCUUGGACGAGAAACGCAUGAUCCACACCUACGGCACUCUGCUGGAGUCAGACUUGACAUACACCCCUCUGAGGCCUGACCAGUUGGACAACAGUGCCCUUGACAUGUCUCUAGAUGAGGACACCUCAUCCAUGGACGAGAUUCCCCAAAAGUGUCAGUUAAAACCUCAGAAAAAAAACAAAGUGCGGAAGCCGCGGGCAGUGCGACCCUGCUCCCCUAUUACCACCCCUUCCCUGCCACUCAGGAAGAAGAGCAAAGAGGGCAAAGGUAACACCAUCUACCUGUGGGAAUUCCUUCUGGCUUUACUGCAGGAUAAAAACACCUGUCCCAAAUACAUCAAGUGGACACAGCGGGAGAAAGGCAUCUUUAAGCUGGUGGACUCCAAGGCGGUUUCAAAGCUUUGGGGCAAACACAAGAACAAGCCUGACAUGAACUAUGAGACUAUGGGAAGAGCUCUCAGGUACUACUAUCAGAGGGGCAUCCUGGCUAAAGUAGAGGGGCAGCGCCUGGUCUACCAGUUCAAAGAGAUGCCAUCUGAUUUGGUGGUCAUUGAGGAUGAAGACACAGGCUCUGGUGGUAACGCCACAUACGGGAACCAAAGGGCUACCAACGGACGGUCUAUGGUCCGUGGAGGAUCCAGAGGGCACGGGAGGUCUCACGGUCACCACCAAGUUUCAGUGAAGCACAUGAAGAAAGAGCCUAAUGAUGAAUAUUUGUACCAGGAAGCCAAUGGUGGACAGGCCGAGCAUCUUCUUCAGCCUGUCCAUGUGUUGCAGGCCAACCAGGGGUCGGCUCAAGAUAAUGCUAUGAGAACCAUCAGUGCACCCAUGGUCCUGACAUCUUCUGGCUCUCUUCAGUCCAUCAACACUGUUCUGGCCAACGGGGAUUCCAGCCACUCCUCCCCUCCUCGGGUGAUACUCCACACCAUGCCCUCCACCACUACGGGUGGUAAGGAUGUGCUCACCAUUCAGACAGCCUCUCUAGCAGGUGGAGCCAACGGCCUGCAGGACGGCCUUCCCCAGCAGCUCCUGGUCACCAGCCUUGGCUCCUCCGUCUCCUCCUCCACUUCUCCCUGCACUUCUCCAGGAGUUACUAAUUCCACUGCAUCCAGCCUCAACGGUCUCCCCCGCCUGGUCACCAUCAACACGUGCGGGCAGACCAUGGUGGCACAGCAGCCCGGCACUGUAAUUGCCACCGUGCUCAAAUCCAGCGACCUCUGUGGGCUGCAGGUCAAAGAGGAAAUGCUGGACCCCAGCUACUUCCAGUCAAUGGUGAAUGGUGAUCCAUCACUAGCGGCAAAUACAUUUGAGAGGGAAGAGAUGGAGGAAGAAGAAGCUGAGCUGCAGUAUAGGACUGUGAUCAUUGAUACCAGUCAAAGCCACGACCAGGAAGCUGGAACUGAAACUAUAAUUAAUGGACAUUCGUCUCAGAGCAGCAGCCCCAGUGAGGGUCUGACCCCUGUGGAGGAGCUGGAAGUGCGUGGGGAGAUGUCUCUGCAGCCUGAGCAGGGAAUCAAAAGCCUGCAGGAGCUGCCACUCUGUGUCCAACUGCCUGCAAACUUUAUCCAGAUUAAGACAGAGCCUGCGGAGGCUUAA